UCAAAAAUUUGAGUAGUAGAUUGCAUGAAUCUCUUCAAUUUGUCAUUAACUCAGUAAACCGAAUUCGAAGCAACGCAUUGAAUACGAAAUUAUUUGCUCAGUUGUGGGACGAAAAUGAAUAUGGUUUACUCUUUAUGACAGUGUUUUGGUGUUUUUGGAUGCUACAGAUCCAAUUUUCACAUAAAGUUUAAUCAGGUGCAAACCAGACAUUGCCUAUUUGACAGAUUUAUUCACUAAAUUUAUUGAGGUCAACUUGUAGUUAAAAGGUGACAGCCUUAAUUUGAUCAAAAUACAGUCCAUAAUUUCAGCAUUUCUUGCCAUAAUUAAACUAAAUAAGCAAAACAUUGGAAGGGGGAAUUUUCCCAGGUACUCAAUUUGUCACAGACAAACUGCCAGGAAGAUAACGUUUUACUUACGUUCAACAUUUAAAUGUUAUGUACGCAGAUUUUUAAAAAUGGUUUGAGGAUGUUUUGAAUAUGGUAAUUACACAAUGGAUAAUCAAUCCAUUUGGUGAUGUUGAAGAAACGGAUGUCAUAUUACAAGAGGAACUGAUCGGAAUAAACAAUAACGAAGAAUUUAAGGUACAGUUUAGAAACGGAUAUUAUCCAUACUUGCUUCAAAAAGAUAUACCUGUUACUUAUCCUGCAUUAUGGAAUAUCGCAAGAAAAUUUUUAACUGCUUUUCCGUCUUCACAUCUGGUGGAAAAAGGUUUAGGCGCCUUUGCCAAUCUUCUAAAAAAAAAAAGAAACAAACUGAACAUCACUAACAGGGGAGAUUUAAAAUGAAACCUCACUAAAUUGAUACCAGAUAUUAAAAAUUUAUCAAAGCAUCAGGUUUAUCCCUCCCACUAAAAAGCGUUUAUUUUUAUUUAUUGAUUUUAUGUAAUACAUAG